AUGGGGCACCCACAAGAUCGACAUCCAAGCAGCGACUCACACAGUGUGGACCCGACAUCUAUCACGACUUCAUCAUCAUCUCUUGCUCCAUCAAUGGACCACCCACCCCCAUCACCAUCUUCAGUCACUAGCUCGGACUCUGACAAUCUUGUCAUUGCCACCGACAGUGACGCCAGCUCUAUCUCAUCACAGGGCGAGGGACGUCUGCGGCGAAGCGGGAGGCUGCUUCAAAAACAGGAAAAGUCUGGGCAGCCCCUGCAACCCGCUAUUGCGGAAGAAAAUCAACUGCACACGCCACCUGCCUCAGCAAAAGAAAACCCAAAACAUGUCGAAACAGCUGAACAGGUAAAUCCUGUACUGCCACAACAAUGCCAGGGCACAGAAAUCGAAAUCACGAAAUCUGACCGCCCCCAUAAACCAACAACAGAUACUAGUGCAAACGCAGAAAGCGCAGCACCAACACCAAAUGUCACCCAGAGGACGCCAGAGGGCGGAAACAGGGGACAGGAGAAAACAGGCCCAGUAGCCCCCCAGGCGCAAGGUGGCCCCACCCAAAAUAGAAACCAAAGAACCAACAGAGGCCGAAGGGUUCCCCCUAUCACCGUGUUCGAGACAAAAGGGUACACGACCUUGAUAGGGCAAAUCCAGGGAAAACUAACGGGUGCCCUCAGUACCACAUACAAGGGUGAUAGCAUCGUAUACCAGGCUACCAACCCAGACGAUUUUCAAUACCUCAAGCAAGAAUUCAGGAAGCGCAAUCUAGAAUUCUUCACGUACAACGACGACCCGAAGAGUACACUGAAGGUCGUCGUUAAAAGACUGACGCCCUACUGGACCCCAGAGGACGUCAAGAACGCACUCGCCGAGAAGGGCUUUCCGGUGUGGGAACAAAGUCUCCAGGCAGCUGAGAGAAACCCUGAAAAGUUCUGGGGGAUAAUAAAAGCUAGGCGGCAACCCCACAAAGCCAACAGACCCCUACACGGGCAGAACGGCUUGGUGUACACGCCAGAGGACAAAGCGACUGCCAUGUCAAACACCCUCGAGCUCCAAUUCCAGGAGAAUGUCAUAGAGGACGACGAGGACGAAGUAGAUGCCCUGGAACAGCGGCAACGGCGAGUUCCGGCGGGAAACUCUCACCCACGUGGAGCCCCAGCGCCCGCCAACAGCCGGACAAAGAGAAGACGCGGUCGCCGAGGCCGCGCCACCGGAAGAGCGCAUUCCGGAGCGGUCGUCAACCCCGGCCAGCAGCAGGGGAACUCCAACGCCCGGAACAAAGAACCACAGCGGCACCACAGGCAGCCGCAGAACACCGCCCCGGCAGCAAAAGGAAAUGGCGGACCAGCUCCGCACGCCGCCAUACUCCAGGUACCUGCGCGCCAACCCGCUGCCCCUGCAGCAGCUCACCAGGCCGUAGCUCCGCCCUCCCCGCCGCAGCGCGAGGCCAGGACGGCGGCGCAGCGGGUGGUAGCCCCGCCUCCCGCGCCCCUGCCACGGCAAGCGGCCCCCUCGGCCGUUCCUCGCACCGGCCGGGCGGACCAAUCAGCGCAGCCCGCCCCGGACCAGAACAGCAUGGCGGACUUUCCGGAGCCGCGAUGGCGGCAGCAGCGGCCAACCACGGCUCAGCAGCGACCUCCACGGCAGCAGCGGCCAACCACGGUACAGCAGCAAACUCCCGCAGCCCUCGUCGACGCCUGUCAACAAAAUGGCGGCAUCCGGGAGACUGGAAGCGGCCAUGUUGUCGGGCCCCGACAAGAUGGCGACCGCAUUGACCGCCUCCUCGACACAAUGCAGCACAUGAUGGCUCGGAUGUCCGAGCUAAUGGCCGCAGUACACCAGGACCGACAUAGAGUGCAGGCGAGAUAG